UGUUUGAGCUGAUAGAGAGAUAGAUAGAUGAAACAUAUAUAUAUCUUAAUUUAUUGUGAACAUGCAAAAACAAGAAGGGGGGCAUAAUUAACUAGUUUUAAACAACUGAAUUUGAUUCUGCCCUCUUCUUCUUCAUUUUUUUUUUUUGGGAACUUCAAAUGGCUAUUGCAUCCACUUUUGCUUUCGUUUUUCUUUCCCAUCUAGCACUUAUUCACUCAGCUGAAGAUCAUAACAAAAGCCUACCCACUUGCCCACAGUCCUUCCUCUGCGGAAAUCACAACUUCAGCUUCCCUUUCACAAAUACCACGUAUGGCCAUUGCGGUAUUGUGAUAGAUUGUCAUAAACAAGUUCCAAAGGCCCAACUAGGAAGCCAACACUUGUAUGACGUUACUGUCAUAAGUGACAAAUUACUUGAAAUUCAUUAUCCGGCGCUUGAAGAUCACAUACCUAGUAAUAGAUGCGAUGACACGUUCAAGAAUUUAGUCCUUCCCGACUUUCCUUUCGUUUCCUUCACCAUCUCACCCAAUCUCACCUUCUUCAAGUGCAACAAUACUCCUCAAACAGAGUAUGCUAGUUACAAAUGCACAGAAGGCUACUCAAUUUACUUCAAAUAUCCAAAUUUUUAUCAUGAACCUCCACCUGAUAGUCUUCUCCAUGAAUGUUCAGCUAUUCAGCUGCCAGUAAAAUGGCCUCCUCCUCCACACCCCCAAGACCCAUUGUCAUUAUUGACUCCAACCGUCCCUCUUGAUUUGCAUAUAUCCCAUGAUUGUAAAAAGUGUCGAAGCAGAGGAGGCCAAUGCCUAAAUAUCGAUCGUGAGUUUCAAUGUAAGAAAGGAAAAAGAAAAUAUGGAUUGAUUGUAGGAGCAGCUAUUUCAGCAUCUGUUGCUAUCCUUGCCUUGCUCGUAUUUAUUAUAUGGUGUCGAUACAAGUGGAAGUAUUUUCCUACGUACUUCCUUUCAAGGAACACUUCUUCUGAUCCCUCCUCAAGAGCAGACCUUGAAGGAGGUAGCAUUUUCUUUGGGGUCCCCGUCUUCUCCUACACUGAACUCGAAGAAGCAACCAAUAAUUUUGAUCCUAAUCAAGAACUUGGAGAAGGAGGUUUUGGAACUGUAUACCAUGGCAAACUUCGAGAUGGGAGAGAAGUGGCAGUCAAGCGCUUAUACGAGCACAACUACAAGCGAGUGGAGCACUUCAAGAAUGAAAUAGAAAUCCUGGCUCACCUGCGCCAUCACAAUCUUGUCACUCUCUAUGGCUGCACAUCACGACAUAGCCACGAACUGCUCCUUGUUUAUGAAUACAUUCCCAAUGGCACAGUUGCUGACCAUCUCCACGGUGAUCAAGCAAAGCCCGGUCCACUCCCAUGGUCUAUUCGGAUGAACAUUGCCAUAGAAACCGCGACUACAUUGGCUUACCUCCAUGCUUCUGACAUCAUACACCGCGAUGUCAAAACCAACAACAUUCUCCUUGACAACAAUUUUUGUGUCAAAGUUGCUGAUUUCGGGCUUUCAAGGCUCUUCCCAAUCGAUGUCACUCAUGUCUUAACUGCUCCACAGGGGACACCGGGCUACGUUGAUCCAGAGUAUCACCAAUGUUACCAACUUACUGAUAAAAGCGAUGUUUAUAGUUUUGGGGUUGUCCUCAUUGAGCUCAUAUCAUCAUUGCCAGCAGUUGACAUAGGUAGGCAUAGGCAUGAGAUUAAUUUGGCUACAUUGGCAGUAAACAGGAUUCAAAAGUGCGCAUUCAACGAAUUGAUUGACCCUAGUCUCGGAUUUGAGUCAGAUAGUGAAGUGCAGAGAAUGACUACUUCAGUGGCAGAGCUGGCUUUUCGGUGUUUGCAGUUUGAGAGGGAAAUGAGGCCUACAAUGGUUGAUGUUUUGGAGACAUUGAUGGAAAUUCAGGGCCGAGAUUGCAAAGGUGAGGAGACAGAGAAGGUAAUUGACAAUGUUGGGGUGUUAAAGGGAAGACAACCACCUCCUUCACCAGAAUCCGUUGAGGUCGUGUCACCUUCACCAGUUUCUGUGACAGGGAGUUGGAUUAGUAGAUCUACAGCAUCCAACACAAGUGUUUCCUAAAACAAUUUAACAAUCAUAUCUAUACAUAUAUAUAUAUAUAUGCAAAUUAAUAGGUUGAAUUUCUCUCUUCUCAUCAUCUACUUGUCUUUGUUUUGUUGUUCAUCUUGAAAAUUUAAACGUGAGGUUGAGGGAGUGUACAUGUAAAUGGAGCUGUUAUUUGUAUAUUUAAGUUGAUAUAUUUUGACCAUGUGAAAAUCUUGACGAAAAUUCGGACUUGAAAUAUCAAAGGUGACAAUAAAAAAUCUUAAAGUUGCUGAACUUUCAUUUUAUAUUGCCUAUAAAGAAUGUAUAGGAAUUGGGACGGAGAAAA